AUUAUGUUAAUUUUACCGCCAUUUAUCUAGUUAUAAAAUGUUUAUAUACUGUAUAUAAAUAUUUUCUUAGGAUAUUAGUUUUUAAAUACACCUUUAAAAUGGAUAAGAAACAGUUUGAUAUUUUCUUUAAGGAACUUUUAAAGUUGAAGGAAAAACUAAAGUGUCCAAUUUGUUUUGACUUAAUGGAAGAACAUGCUGAAUUGGAGUGUGGUCAUCGAUUUUGCUUAAGUUGUUUUACGAAACAUAAAAGUAUUUCAAUUAAAGAAACAUUAUGUCCCCUCUGUAAGGCUCCUAUAAAAAGAAGGUCAAUCAUCUACAAGGAUCUAUUCGCAGAUAAAAUGAGUGGUUUUGUUUUUGAUGUUUGUAAGGAAAUCGAAAGCAAAGAAACACUAAACCAAAUAAAUGUCAGUAGUAAUUCCGAUGAUAAAUGUGUUGAAAAACUUGAUUCAAAAAAUGAGAUUUUGAAUCAGCCAUCUACAUCAAAAAAAUUUAUUUCAAAAUGUGGCAAGACUUCGAAAAGAAAUAAAGAUGAGGGAAAAUCGAGAGGGGCUGAAAAACAAGAAAGAAAUAAUCUACCGGAAACAUCGACGAUUAGUCAAAAGUCUAUUUCAAAAGAUGAAGCUUUUGAUAAACUAUUGAAACAUACUCAAGAACUGUGUGUUAAUAAAAAAGGAAAACAAUACAAAAAUACAAAAAGAGCGAGUAACAAGAAGGAAUUAGAAUACAAAAUUCUUGAUUUCCACGAUGAUGCUAAUAAAGAUGCAGUUCUUCACUGGUUAAGUGAUACUAGAAAUCAGUUUAGUAGAUUAACACAAACUCAAUAUGUUUAUGGAGGACAAAAAUCUGAACUGAAUAGCCUGGAAUUGCCUUCUGUAUCACAAAUAGGUUGGACUAAGGGAAAGAAAUCACAUUUUCCUAGAGCAAAGUCUUUGGAUAUACAAAUUAAGCGAAAAAGAGAAAAACGAAGAUCUGCUGAAAGCUUUACAGGAUUAGAAAACAAUCAGAUCGGGAAAAUUAAUAAGGAAGAUGAUAUAGUUAAUAAAGCCAAAGAAAAAGUUCUAUUACAAAUUAUGGAAGAUGAAUAUUUAAAUGAAAUGGAAGGUGAGCUAGAACAUUUGAAAAAAAUGCCCAAUAAUCAGGAUACGUCAACAGGUUGGGAGAGGAUUGAAAAAUUAGCGAAAAGUUUAAAAAACGAAAAAAAGGGACCUAAAAAACUCAAUGUCACUGUACAACAUAUUAAAAAUACCAAUAAUAACAAGAAGGUUGAAAAUGUAUUAAAAGUGGAUGAGGGUGGAAAUGAGGAACAGUUGCAGAUACCAACAAUCUCUGAAUCCAAUGUUUGCUACAAAAAAGAUCAUGUAUCUACAAUUUUUUAUGAUUUAAAUGAGUUUGAACAUUAUGCAGAACAAAAUAUGGAGCCAAUUCUAAAGGAAUUGAAUGCUUCAAGUACUUCGCGAAGCAUAGAUGAAGAAAAACACUCAAGCUUAUCCAAUAUUGAUAAAGAAUGUGGGAAAAACAUAGUGGUACUAGAAAAUGUUGUUAUUAACAAUGCAGACCAGGAUCCUUAUUUAUUACCGACACAAAAAAUAAAUAAUUUAGAUAACAGUACAGAAAACAAAGAACAAAUAAGUUACACAAAUGAUAUAGUACUGGUAAAUGAGUUACAAAGUUUUGAAGAGGUUAUGAAUAUACUAAUUAACGAUUUAAAAUUGUAUUCAGACAAUAAACGAUUAUCCAAGAGACAUAUAAAAAGUAUCGAAAACUAUUUAGUUAAAUUGAACAAUUUACAUAUUGAAUCACAUUCUAAACAAGUAGCGAAACAUGUUGAUCGAGAUACUCAAACUGAAAAAACUGUCGUCGAUAUUGAAGUACAAACCGAAGUUAUUGAUAUGGUGAACUCCGAAGUCCAAACUGAAGAUAACAAAUAUGAUGAUAUGGAAAUAGAGACACUGCAUGACAAUUACGAUCGAAAUAGUGAUAGAAAUCAUUCUAUUGAUCAUUUUGAAGGUAUCACUAGAACAAAUAGCAAAAUAAGUGAUUUACCCAAAGUAAUACAAAAUCAUGAUUUUGGGGCCACUCUUGAGCUCAUGAAUUUCGAAACGCAAGAAUUUGAAAAGCAAUAUCAGCAAAAAAUUAUAGCGGCAGAACCAGGGGAAAAAAAUUUAAACAUGCAACAGCAGGAAAGGAUCAAGAGUCCUAGCACUAUGAACUUUGAUAAUAUUGAUCAGAAGGAAAAUCCUCAAGAUAAGACGAAGGAUCUAUUAGAAAGUAACAUAACAAACAAGCGUAGUCAAAAUCCGAAAAGACGUUUAUCAGAUAGCGAUUCCUCUGAUGUAUUAGCCGUACCUAAGAAACGUUGUAAUCGAUUUAUUAGAGACGAUCUGUCCGUGGAAUUCGACUCGUUGGAAAAUCCACACAAACAGACGAAAAACAGGACAGAUGUUUUUAUCGAUAGCGACGAUGACAAUAACGAGGAUUAUUUGGAUAAAGUGCUGAAGAAAUAUGAAAAUCUCACUUCUCCAUUGCCGCAAUAUCGGAAAGAAAAUUCAAGUAUGGGAAUAGUUACUCGUUCGAAUGAGAACAUAAAUUCUGGUAAAUCUGUUCAACAAUCCAGUAAAUCCGAACACGAGGAAAAUUUGUCGAGAUUAGAAAAUGAUUUAAAAGAAACUGAAUCUUCGGAUAUAAUAGAUGAAACUGAGAAUAUUGGACCGAGUAUUAAAAAGACUAAAUUACCCAAUGAAGGUAACGAUAGUCCCGUUAAACCUACAAAGUCUACUUAUUGUCAAGAAUUAGAAGAUAGUUUCGACGAGAUGAAUUUUGCUAAUAUUCCUAUUGAAAAUUUAAAAAAGAAGGAGAGUGAAGAGGAUUUGUUUUCCGAUGAUGAUUACGUUGAAACUACUCCGCCGCAGCAACAACAACGAGAAACUUGUGGAACAAGAUCUCUGACCGCUGUAGCAAAUCUGAUGACCCGUUACACUGCUUUAGAUGAUGUAGAUAAAGAAAUUAUCGAAAAUUUCGAUACGAACUUUGCUCCGCUUUCUCCGCCCCCUGGUUUUGAAGACGAUAAAAAUACUACAGCUCCAGAAGAAGUAACCGUAAUCGAUUUAAACGAUACAAAAAUCGAUCGAGAAAAAGAGUCAAAUAAACUAUCGGCAAAUGAAAUAAUUAAAGAUAAAACGGAACCAAGAAUAUCUAAAAUGGUAACUAGUACUCCUGGUAAAUAUUUUCGGUUACACGUAGAUAGACGGAAAAUGUUACAUAGUACGCCGAUUUCACAAAAUACUUUCUCUACAGACACUUUGGGUUUUUCACCGAUAUUAGAAGAAAAAAGUGCGUACGAAAAAGCAUUAAAAAGCAACACAUUAAUAUCGAAUAUAAGUCAGGAAAGCCCGCGCAAUCGUAAUCUCUUAACAAGCUCUCCGAAACAGAAAAGUAUAUUGAACUACAUCAAACAAUCACAAACUUGUAAUUCAAAUCUUCUCGAACGAAAACCGUGCAUAGCAUGCACUAGAUUAAGCAAAGAUCAAGUACAAAAUAUUUCUCUUUUGACCAAUAAGAAGUUAGCUACUUACAGUCCUAAAUUUACCAAUUCAGUUACUCACAUGAUCGUUACUGCUGAUGACAGAAUGCGAAUAAAAGAUUACACUAUGAAAUUCGUAUCGGCCGUUGCUUCAGGAAUUUGGGUUUUAGGAUUCGAAUGGAUACAAGAAUGUUUGAGAACGAACAGCAUCGUACCAGAAGAGCCUUAUGAAGUUUUAGACGAUGCUGGACAUACCGGACCAAAAAUGGCUAGAUUGACACGACUGGAACAACCCCUAUUUAAAAACUAUAUAUUUUAUUGCGUGAGUCCUCUUUAUUCUACAACAGUGGAAGAUGUCGAGGAAUUGAUUAACAGACUUGGCGGCACAGUGGUUAAAAAUCUAGAAAAUCUGAAAAAAAACGUUGGAGGAAUCAAUUUAAUCAUAACUGAAGGAAGAUCUACGCAGGAUUUUGAAAUUUACGAAAGAUGGCUGGAAAAAUAUGAAGUGGUUACUGUAGAUAUUGAAUGGUUAAGUAGAUCUGUGGGACGUUACAAAAUUCUUAGCGUGAGACCCUACUUAUGGUGUUCUGAUGAUAACAUAGAAAAACUUGGAUACCCCAUUGACUUGAUAGAAAAUACUUGUUCACUUUCAGAACCAUUUUAGAUAUUAAUGUAUUUGUGAUACAAAUAUAAUUAUUUUUUUAUGUUUUGGAAAUAUAUAAAAAAUCAAUUUAUUUUGUUAUAGAUAUCAGUGUUAGAGAUUUAAUGUUAACGACAAAGUAUUAGAAUUAGAAGCAUGUUCGGAAGAUUAUUUUGGAGCUGUUUUAAAACCAAGAUAAUAAAAUUUCAAAUUAAAGAA